GACCAACUUGACUCCAGGCUGAAAAGUAGUUGCUGAAAUCACCAUGUUGCUGAAAACUACGGUACUCUUAACCCGUCGGGGUUUUGCGCCUUUUUGUGGCACCUCUAGUGCCCUCCAAAAUGCCAAGCAGCUUAGUACGUACGCUGAAGUAGCACGUCAGAGAAGAUCUCUCCAGGGUCGAGUGGCUGUCCUGACCGCCUCAACUGAAGGAAUCGGAUUUGCUAUGGCUCAACGUAUGGCGUUAGACGGAGCUCACGUUGUCAUCAGCAGUCGGACUCAGGAAAACGUUGACUCGGCACUCGAUAAACUCAAAAGCCAAGGUUUCUCUGCUUCCGGAAUGGUUUGUCACGCAGGUGUUAAAGAAGAUCGUGAAAAACUGAUUGCUAAAGCCGUCGCUGAAUUCGGAGCAUUCGAUAUUUUGGUAUCGAAUGUUGCAGUAAAUCCAGGUGGAGGUGGACGCCUUAUGAAAUGCACCGAAGAUGUAUGGGAUAAGAUAUUCUCCGUCAACGUCAAGUCUAGUUUUUUCUUGGCCAAAGAAGCUCUUCCCUACAUGGGGAAGAGAGGUAAAGCAUCAAUCAUUUUCAACUCGUCGGUUGUGGGAUUUAUUCCAAACUACGCGAUCGAGUUUAUGGGAGCGUACGCACUCAGCAAAGCGGCUCUCAUGGCCUUGACCAAAUUAAUGGCGUUGGAAUUAGGCCCGAAAGGAAUUCGUGUGAAUUGCAUCGCCCCUGGUUUAAUUGAAACUCGAUUCGGUGCACCGAUAUCAAAAGAUGAACGAGCCCAACAGAUUAUUAAGGGACUUUGCCCGCUAGAAAGAACUGGGACGUCGGAAGAAAUGGCCGGUUUGGCAUCGUUUUUAGCAUCCGAUGACUCGUCGUACAUAACUGGAGCCAAUAUCGUUGCUGCUGGUGGACUUCACUCCUCGUUAUAACCACUGGUAUCACCAUGGAAUUAAGGUUCAUCAUUAAUUUUAUUGGCUGUUGUCUUCCAGAUACAGUAUCUAAAUUAGAGUUUAAUGUUCGCUAUUGCAAUAAUAUUGGUUUUCAACAGAUAAACAUUUUGUAGAUCAAACCAAUUGAUCUCUUUGUGCACCUCAUGGUUGUUGAUAUUGUUUUGGCAAUUACAUG